AUGAAUAUAAUCGAUGAAAUUCUUACCAUAGGAAAUGAUCUUUCUGGACCUUAAAUAUUUGCUAUUUGUAGGAAAUGGUAACUAAUAUUAAUAAAGUUAAGGUAUGAAUAAUUUUAAGAUGAUUUAUUUAAUUUCAAUCCUAACUUCUCUAAAAUUGAUAACUAUACACUUUGGUAUAAGUUUAUUGUUAUAACUAUAUAGCAUUUGCUAAGAAGAAGAAAUGUAAUUAAAUAACGUAUUGAACAAUUUUAAGAGAGAAUUCAAUAUACAACCUAUAAAACCAAUAAUUAUACAAUAAAACUCAUAAGAGUAAAUUCUAAAAGUUGAUAAGCGUAAUUAAGCUCAUUACGUAAGUAAAGCUCUUUGGGAGUUCCUAUAAGAACAAGUGAAAGGAGGUAAACAAAAAGAAUAUGGUGAAAUUUAGGUCCAUGCAUUCCAUUAUAUACAAUGAAUAAAUAAGAAUCAUAUUUAGUACGAACUAUGUUUGGAAACCUUAAAUUUAUGACAAAUAAUGAGAUUGAGGACUUGAUGCCUAAUUUAGUAGUUCCAGUAGAUAUGACUUAGAUGGAGUUUCUUAUUUAAAAAGAAGAUGAUUCUUUCAUUUAUUUCACAAAAGUUGUGCCUUUAGCAUUUACAAUAGAAUAAUUAAUAACAAAAAUAAUCACACCUCUUUUCGAUAUAUCAAAUCUCAUGUGUUAUAAUUACUAUUUAUAGAAAUUUUUAAGUAACAAAAAUUCAACAUUUAUCUGUGAAUUAUAAAAAAAAUCACUUUGGUUUCUCAAUAGUUCUAUGAUAAUUUCAAAUGGAGGAAUGAAAUUCAAUGAAAAUUUAGAUGAAGUAUAAAUGAGAGAAGACUUCUAAAGUCUAAAAACAGGUUCUACUGAAUCUACUACUGAAUCUAGAAUAUCAUCUUUAAUAGAUAUUACUUAGCCAUAGAUUAAUCCUCUUUAUAAAUUCGACAAUGAAGGGAAUCCUAUUAAUCUAAGUAAUGAAAUAGACAAUAUGAUUAGUGCUUAGAGAUUUAGACGAUUUCAAGAAUGAAAUUAGUACUAUACUUAAAUAAAAUAAAAACUAACCAUUAGUCCUUUUAAAAUAUGAAUAGGCAAUAGAAAAUAUAAAUUAAAUUAUAUAAUAGAUAGAAUAAGAGUAUUGUUUCAAAAAAGAAUAAUAAGAAGAAGGAACUAAUGAUGAACUUAUCGAAUAAGAUAUUUGA